GAUGCGUUAAGUUACAUCUGCGCGUAGCUUCGUCCUCUUUCGGUUGUUUACCAGACUUGAGGAAAGUCGGCAGCCAACAUGGCUACAGGAAAAAUCAUAAAGCCAAAUAGCGAAGCUCCCAACGAACUUGAGAAAGAAGUUGCUGGGGCCAUCUCUGAACUCGAAGCGAAUAGUGAACUCAAACAGCAACUCAGAGAAUUGUACAUAUGUGGUGCCAAGGAAGUUGAAGUUGCUGGCAAGAAGGUUGUCAUUUUGUUCAUACCUGUACCACAACUAAAAUCUUUUCAGAAAGUUCAGGCUCGUUUGGUUCGUGAAUUGGAAAAGAAGUUUAGCGGGAAGCAUUUUGUUGCUGUGGCUCAGAGACGUAUUCUACCAAAGCCAACAAGAAAAACUAGAAAUCAAAAGCAGAUGCGACCCAGAAGUCGAACUUUGACGUCUGUUCACGAUGCAAUUUUGGACGAUCUCUGUUUUCCAAGUGAACUUGUUGGCAAAAGGAUUCAUGUUAAACUGGAUGGCUCAAGAUUGAUUAAAGCGUUUUUAGAUAAAAGCCAACAGACAAACGUUGAACAUAAGCUCGAGACGUUCUCUGGCGUAUACAAAAAGUUAACUGGAAAGGAUGUCGUGUUCGAGUUUCCCGCUUACGAUUAAUAAUUGAAUAAAUAUUUCAAAAUAUUCUUGUUCAUGUGAA